UAUGGGGGGAACAAGUCUCCCCAGGGAUUAAGUCUCCUCAGUCUCCCCAUAAAGGCGGGGUUGGGUAUUAGAGGGUCGAGUAAUGAAAAUGCUGUCCUUCUCAAUCAACCCCCUACAACCUACAGAGUAGCUCUGCCGCUAAACAUGCACUAAGCAUACAAGAUCUCAAUAUGUCACCAAACUGUGCUUAAAGUAUUAAUUACAAGCAGAUCGCACGCAUCAGUUGAUACACAUUUUGCUACAUCAUUCAAGUUACUUCGUUUCCAAUACGCGCCAGUUGGAAGCGCGCUAUCAAAGCGACACAAUGUCUUUGAAAGACAAAUCUGCAGUGGUUCUUGGUGGCUUAGGUGGAAUCGGGUUCGAGAUAGGUAAACAUCUGCUCCGUAAUGGAAUAUCGAAACUGUUUCUGCUUGAUAUCGUCCAAAACUUCGAUGCUGAAAAACGUGCUGAGCUCCAAAGCUGCAACGUGGAAGGUGUGAUCUUUUACAAACAAUGCGAUAUUGCCAAGAAAGAUCAAAUGGAAAAACUACUUCGUUCUGAUGUCGUUCAGAAGCUGCAUUUCAUUGACAUUUUCGUGAAUGCAGCUGGAAUCAUCAACGAACAAAAUCCUGAGCUGGUUGUGGCGGUUAAUUUGACCGGAGUUAUCAACAGUUCUCUUAUAGCGUUGGACAUAAUGUCUCUGGAGAACGCAGGUCUCGGAGGAUACAUCGUCAACCUUGCCUCUACCGCAGGUCUGGAACCGUUCCCGUACUGUUCUGUAUACACUUCCACGAAACAUGCGAUAGUUGGAUUCACAAGAAGUUUAGGGAUCGAUACCGUACUUGUAAAAACGGGAGUAAAGUUCAUCACAAUUUGCCCGGGUGCAACGGAAACUGCCCUUUUUCGACAGAAUAAUAUGGGAAGCGUUUUCCUUCUACCGUGGAUGGAAGAUCCGGGGAAGCAGAUGAUGAGACAAAUUCCAGUGCAAAGCCCAAGCACUGUCGGGGAGUGUGUCAUCCGAGCUCUUGUCGAAGGUGAAACAGGAUCCGUAUGGAUCUGUGCUGCCGGAAAGAUUCAAUGUGCAACACUGCCACUCAGUUGGAACGAGUGGAACAGCUCCCAUGACGGCUGAUUUGUUUUGUGUGAAAUUAUGUAAAUCAUUCAAUUAAGUAUGAACAACUCGUGAAAAAAGUAUACAU